AUGAUCACCUGGCAAACUGUUGGUCUCCUCGCUGCUACUGCCGCCAUUAACCUCGCAGAUGCCAAAAAGCUUUCGAUUGGCGUGUGCUACGUCCCAUGGCACAAUCCACUUGUCAAUUGGGAUGUGAUUUCAACUGACUUGGCACUGGUCUCGCAGCAUUUUUCUAGUAUCCGCACGUAUGAAGCGCAAUUUGGUAGCAUCAAUGCCAUUAGCGUUGCAGCAGCUGCUGGUCUUCGUAUCGCUGUGGGGGUGCAGCUUGCAGACCCUCAACGCAUUGAUUCCGAGAUUCAAGCAGUUUGUGCUGGAUACGCUCAGAAUCCAUGGGCGGUUGAAGCUGUUUACGUCGGCAACGAGGAUCUAAGACAUGACAGCUUCGGUAGUUACACGGUCGAUCAGCUUAACGGCUACAUCCAGGCUGUAAGGAGUUGUGUUGGCAACACCCCAGUUGGUUCGGUUCAACGUGUUGAAGAAUGGCUAAACGCUGAGGGUUCAGUAGCUUUAGCAAGCAAUUGCCAAGUCAUCGGUGUCAAUAUCCAUCCAUUCUUCAUGCCAGGUGCCGAAUCGCCGAUUGAAAAGCUUAACUUUCAAUGGCAGCAAAUGGCGAACAAAUUUGGUGCGGAGAAACUCCGUCUUACGGAGACAGGCUGGCCGUCCGCUGGUGAAAGCUAUGCUGGCAACAUCCCAUCGACUGGUGUUUUGACGCAAUACUUUUAUGACUUUGUCUAUGGCUGGUGCCCUAAUAGAAGCCAGUCGUACUGGUUUAUGAUGUACGACACUGCGGUGAGUUACUCGGGUGCAGAGUACGACAAACACUUCGGCCUCUUUGGAACGGACAGAUCGGAGCAUAUUACUUUGCCAUAA